UACAUUUAUUGUUAGCCAAAAGUAUGCGAAAAUAUCAAGGACGACCGAAAAAACAUCCUGGUUUUAAUAAAAGAUCCAGAAUUCAGCGAAAACGUCGAGCUCAAGAAAAAAAUAUGAAAUUAAAUUCCCGAGAUGUGGAAGAUUCCGAACAAGCGGAUGUUUUCGAAAGUUUUCACUAAACAGUGUCAGCUGUCAGCGGAACGACGUUUACGGCAACACUAUUGCAUUGCUAUUCUGCACUCGAUUUGUUUACAUUUAUUUGUACUGUGGUCAGUUAGCAAAAAAAUGCGAAAAUAUCAAGGAAGAUCUAGAGCUCAGAGACAAUGUCGAGCUCAAGAAAUAAAUAUGGAAUUAAAUUCCCAAGAUGUGGAAGAUUCCAAACAAGCGGAUGUUUUCGAAAGGUCAGAAAUUGUUGAUACAACUGCAUUUGUGUCAAAGGAGAAUCAUUGCCCGGAUGAUUUUUUUCCAAAGUCUGGAAAUGAAAAAUUUGACUUUUCUAUGCCAGAAGUUACAGCUAAUGUUCCUAAGACAAACCAGGCUUUCAUGAGAGUAAAGAAUGAAACUGAUUCAUUAAUCACUACUAUCAAAGCACAAGAACAACAGCAAGAUAAUCCUUUAAUUACAUCCAUUCUUAUAAAGGAAGAAAAUGUAGAACCUGAUUUAACUUCACUUUUUCCAAGUACUCAUCAGAACUCUUUAAUCACCCCUAAUACAGAAAGAAUAGUACAUGGUAAUUCUUUAAUCACUUCUAUUAAAACAGAGGAAGAAAAUUCAUUAAUUAGCACCAUUGAAACACACAAAAGGAAAGAAGGUAAUUUUAGGAAAAAAAAGAAAAACAAGUUCAUCGCAUCUUUUCAAACAGAGGAAGAAAACAUGACAGAUGAGCAAACAAAAGAUUUAAUUGUACGUUUCUCGAGAAUGUAUCAGAACAUGCUAAAAGUGUUCUUUGAAAGUAAAGAUGAUUGCCACUUAAUGAAAAGUUUAAGGACUUUUUUACAAGAAAAUGAAGGACUUAACAAUGCUGAAAGCAUAGUGAGAUUUUUUGAAUCCUGUAAAAGAAAACAACACUCAGAUCCACCCGAUUUAGUUUUACAUUCUGCAAAGAUGCAUCAUAAUUCUUGAAGUCUUUUCACUUGAAAUGGGGAAAGAAAAGUAACAGAUUUAAUUUUAAGAUUUUCAAGAAUGCACCAAAACAUAUUAAAAUAUUUUCUGAGAAAAUAAACACAAGCAUUUAUUGAAAUGUUUAAGGAUAUUUUUGCAGAAGGUUUAGUAAGAUUUUUGGAAUCCAGCAAAAGAAUAUGUGGCUAUAAUUCAUUCUUGAUUGAAUCAACAAUAUCUAUUAAAACGGAACCAGUUUACCUGAUUAGAUUAUAAUGAAAGGAACAAUAUUUCAUAUUUCAGGAUGUAUAAAAAAAAUGAUUAAGGAAGAUGUUUAUUUUUAAAUGACAAGGUGACAAAGUGUUUUCUGUUGUGUAUUCAAUACUGGUUAAUAUGAAAAACAGAUUGUUAAUUCCUUUCUAUGUAUAUUUGUAUCAAGUGAUUAUUUUGCUGAAAUACAAUAUUUUAAUUUUUUAAAUCUUAA